CCAUCGCCAGUCAAAAACGAAGAGGGGAACGCCUCAUCCGAUGCACCGCCGUGGAUUAGUACCAAGAUGGCGGCGAUGGAGCAGCAGCUGGCAGCGGCCAGCGCCAAGAUCGCCAGCCUCUCCUCAGGGGCGUCCAAGGGGGCGGAUACCAGCAGCACGGAGGUCGAUGGCGGCAGCCGCCUCGCGGCCACACCCGGCGCCACUGCGACCCAGAAGACGGCCAGGAUGGAAGAGAUGGAUCGUUCGCUCAAGUCCAUCGUCGGUGUGCAGGAGCCCAUGUUCGCAAUUAGGCACCCUCGAGGCAGAGCGGAAGAAGCUGCGCGCGCAGCUCGGGUCGAGCGAGCCGUGGCCAGCACAAUUGCGCGCUAUAUCGCUCCAGCUGGCGACGUUGCCACGCUCGAGGAGGUCAAGGUGCCCGUCAGCCAGGCAUGCCGCCGCCACCAGGCCAGGCAGAUGCACCUCGGACCGAGCACCGUUCCAGACUUUCCCGAUCCUAAGCUAGCCCCUGCAGAAGAGCUCCGAGAGUUCCAUGGGCAGCUCGGCAACGCAGCACACGCGGAGGCAUUUGAGGUAGACCUCUGGAGACAUGUUCGCAAGAUCAACGAGUCGAUUGAGGAGUGGCGCGCCUCCAAGAAGCCUCGC